CACAGCUAUGGAAAAAUUGAUCGAUCAAAAAGUAGUCGAGCGACGUUCGUGACAAAAUUUUUUUUUUAAUUGGAGUACAAAGUCAUUAAGGAAAAAUUAGAAACUCGCGCUGCCCGGAAUGCUCGAGUGUAGUGAUUACUUCAAUUGAAACGGAACGAUCCUUAACGAUCAAGGCUCGAACAAGGCUUUAAUCAAACAUAAGUUCGAGUAGUCUGUAUAAUAAAGUCCAACACUUACGCAGCCGAAAAAAUAAGGCAGAACAAACGCGCCGUCCGUUCCUACUAGUCGACUAGUCUGUGAGCUCGAAUAAAUCGUGUCUAGCAUCCAGUUACAUUACCAGUCCAUUUGUUGGUGCGUUUAUUCGUCCGUUCGUUCGUUGGUUCGUUCGUUCGUUCGCUGGUGCAACGAGUCCAGUUUGUUUAAGUACGAGUACAUACGUCUAUCUAGUCGGCUGGUAGACCGGAAGCAAGUUUCUAGUCUCCAGUCGCCAGGCACUUCGCGAGAACAUUUAAUUUUCCAACAGCUAUUUCAUCUGAUUAUCCGCAAGUUUAAUUUGCGGAUAAUUCGUUCGAACAACGAGUGAUUCGUAGCCGAAUAUCGAAAUUUGGGAAAAUGAAACGUCGGGGCAAAGGUACGGAUACGCCCCGAGAAAAUUGUACCGUCGACGAACCUUUGCGGACGGAAAGUGCGAAGGGCCCCGCGAAUGAUGAAGGAUGGACCGCGUCCCGCAUCUCGAAAAUGCUGCCCGGUGACGAGAAGUUUGAAAAAGUUUGCGGCUUCCGGCUGAGCGACCUCCAAAGUUACAAGAAAUUCGUCGCACUGAUGUACCGCCCGACAGAUCCAGCAUCCCUUGGAGUAGCGCGCGCUCUUUUCGGACUAUGCAUGGUAAUCGACAUCGUGGAGGAAAGGGGUUUCUCCGACAUCGAUCUGAAAUGGGGAGAUCCGAUGAUUUGUCACUUUCCAUUGAUCCACGGAAUGAAACCACCGCGCUUACCGUGGACCAUAGCGUUGUACACCCUCAUGUGGAUCGGCGCCGGAGGUGUAAUGAUUGGUUUUUGCUUCAAGUUAGCUUGCGGAUGUUUUCUGCUGCCCUACUGGUAUUUUUUUACACUAGACAAAAUGAAUUGGAACAAUCACAGCUACUUGUACGGCGUCGUCUCCAUCCUCUUUUGGGGUACCGGAGCCAGCAACUACUUUUCAAUCGACGCAAAAUUAUCAAAGUCGAAAGACAACAGCGUGCCUCUAUGGAACUAUUUUAUCCUAAAGUUCCAGUUCUUCGCCCUGUACUUUUUGGCCGGGUUGAAAAAAUCGAGUCAAGAAUGGCUCGACGGAUACGCAAUGAUGAAUCUCUCCAGACACUGGGUUUUUGACCCGUUCAAGCUCCUCCUCACCACCGAACAGAUCGAUUUCCUCAUCGUACAUUGGUUUGGAUUCAUCUUCGAUUUGACCGUAGGAUUUUGGAUGUUAUUCGACAAAACGAGACUGCCCGCCAUGGUGUUCUGUACAAGUUUCCACCUAAUGAAUUCUCGACUUUUUCAUAUCGGGAUGUUUCCUUACGUCUGUUUGGCAACCAUGCCUCUAUUUUGCCACGUCGAUUGGCCCAGGAGAAUCGAAGCCUGGUUUUACUCGAGUCGACUCGAAUCUUCGUUAUCGGAUGACGAGGUCCAGGAGAACCUUAAAAAUGAAUAUGCUAAUGGAAUUGAUGAAAAACCUCAGGAGUCAUGCUCCGAAAAGCUCGUUGAAAUGAAAAACUUCGAAGACCCCUGUGAACAAAAUGUUCGAAAGACUGAUGACGAUGGCGAAAGUAAUUUCGAUGAGACCGGUGCGUGUCCUCGUCAACACGAUACCUGGGAACAAAAUUGCACAACAGAGGGAAACAAGGAUCAAGACAGAUCAGAUCAAACUUCUAUAGAAAGAAAACUUGAUCUGAGGCAAAGUGUCAGGGAAAUGGUAUCAUCCGAUUCGAAAUACAUGGUUAAAUCAAGGAAAAAAUCUUACAACGAAUCAAGCGUUACUAAGAAACAAAAAACCGUUGUCGCACUGCUCCUCUUCCACGUUUUUAUGCAGCUAUUCUUACCCUACUCUCAUUUCAUCACCAAGGGAUACAAUAACUGGGUCCCGGGUUUGUACGGAUACUCCUGGGAUAUGAUGGUUCAUUCCUGGGACACGAUUCUGGUCGUGAUAAAAAUCCACGACAACGUGCAGAACGAGGACCAUUACCUAGAUCCGCAGGCGUGGGUCCAAGGAGAUCGAUGGUCCAAACACGGUGACAUGGUUAGACAAUAUGCCCACUGUUUGAAGGAUAACCUGAUGCUUCAGAGGCAAAAAGCACGGGCGUCGGGUCGGCAACCCAGCGAAACCGAGCACUGGGCAAGACUGUCGACGAACUUGAGCAUUUACAUCGACGUAUGGUGUUCUCUGAACGGACGAUUCCUCCAAAGAGUUUUCGACCCCAGGGUGGACCUCCUCACCGCAGAUUGGCACCCUUUUCAACCUGUUUCUUAUCUCAUGCCUCUUAUGACGCAAUUCAGCUCUUACCGAAAUAGACUCGAUGAAAUUCAACGCGACGUCUACGCCUGGUCGAAUUACACGGACGUGCUUUUCGUGGCGGACUAUCCGGGAAUGCAAUUGGAGAAUUACAUCGAUGAAGAUUUGUCGAAUGUUACCUUGACCGUGCUCGAAGGUCAGGUGAUUUACCGGGAAGAUUCUUGGCAGCAGGGAGUCACGGUUGCGAAAGGAAACUCGUUGGAAGUCAGCCCUGGAGAAUUUCACAACGUUCAAACGAUAAGUUAUAACCCGGCCUGCCUGAUGUACACUUUUACUAACGGAACUAAGCAAAAACUGGAAGCCAGAGGAGAAAUCAUCCCGCCGUUAAAACCGAAAGAUGCGUUUCCCAUUUUCAAGGAGAUAAAGUACAGAUUCAACGCCUGGAAACGUACCCUGGGACAUAUCGCCGACGCAUUUUUUUACCUCGCUUACGAUGUGCCGAUGCUUCGUCGUAUUCGUAUCAACUGAUCUGAGACGAUUGGCCGUGAUGAUCGCGUUGCUUAAACUGAUAUAUGGCACUAGAGUUAUAAUUUGGCGUGUAUAUAUUUUCAAAUUAAAGACAGUUCCAAUGACAAUUGCCUGGACGUGCAAUCGAAAAGUGACGGACGGGUUCUGAACAAAUGGUAAAAAAAAAAAAAAAAAAAAAGAUAAAGGAAUAAACGAUAUUAAAGUCCAAAAUAACUGCUGUGAACUUUGCACCCCGAUGGGUGGCGAGUAAGUAGAUAUGUUAACUAUUUAUUUUGUGAUAUGACUACGGUGAAAUUUGGUACGAGACUAAACCCGAAUAAUAACUGCCUAUGGAAUGUUGAUGAAUAUGCGGUGGUUUAGUACUUGUGAGACCGAGGACCAACACGAGUCAAACUUCCUAUUCUUAGAGUGUAAGCGUCUUAUCUAAACUACAUAAUCAACAAUACUUUUUCAACAAACCAGACAUCUAGAUUAUUCCCACUUUAUACCGCGCCAACACAUCUCCUUUAUGAUAUCAAUGUGUACAUACGUACCCCCCCACUCUCGACCCACUCUCGAAUAUACUUGUCUCGUUUCUUUUGUGUCUUCUCGCGAUCUGUUUUAAUUUUAUAGCAUCUGAUACUGAUUCCACAUGAUUUAUAAGCGAUACGGUUUCCUUAUUUUUCGUAUAAAGAAGGAAAAUUAAUGAAAAAUGAAAAAAACGUUCAACAGUUGUCCGAAAAGGUGUAUAAUGUAUACAAGUUAUAGUAUUACGAAUAAGGUUCUGUAUGAAAAAUAAAUAUAUUUUAUAUAAAACCUGUACGUGAAAAAAAAAAAAAAUAAGAGCCCGUAGGGAAUGUGAUUAAAAUAUUUGGAUGAAUAUUAAUAAUUCUGUAUAUUAUAUAGCGACUGAUGUUAGGGUGCUCAUUGCUGUAAUUGCUGCUCCAGCCUAUAACGCUCCGACAAUGAAUAUAUAUAUCCCCAUGAAAGUGUUUAGAAUAUUAUUAUAUAGUCUCAAAUUGUAAGAAUAUACUAACCGACAAACGGAGCGGAUGCACUUACGACCUUUAUGUAAUUUCAAAUGUCUAUUAAAUGUUUUACAAACCAAAUA